AUGAAUAAUCAAAUAGAUGAUAAUAUUUAUAUUGAUGAACAAUUAAAAAAAAAAUCUCGUGAAUCUCAUCCAUUAACACGUAAAUCUCGUUCAAUAAGUCGUUAUUUUCUUGGUAAUAAACAUUCAAGUAUUGAUUUAACAACAGAUGAUAUUAAUAUAACACAUUGUUUAACAUCAAUUGGAAUAUUUGAUUCAUAUGAUUUAUGGACAAAUGUAAUAUUAUUUCAUGAUUAUCGAACAUAUCGACGUUUAUUUAUAAUAACAAAUAAAAAUCAAUUAAUUAUAAGUAAAUUAAAUCAAAAACAAUCAUUAUUAAAAAUAAAACAUCGUAUUGAUUUAAAUCGUUUAUGGUUAUAUACAAAUAUAGAAAAUAUUAAUGAAUCAAUUAUAUCUGAAAUAACAUCAUUAACUUAUUAUGAUUAUCAUCGAACAUUAAUUAUUGGUUGGCCAUUAGUUGAAAAUUUUCUUGUUGAAUUUGAUACAAAAGAUAUUUGUGAUAUUUGGUAUAAACGUAUUCAAUCAACUUUAAAUUUUUGGUGGCAAUUAAAUAGUUUAAAUAUUGAACAUGUUCGUAUUGUAAUUGAUCAAAAUCAAGAAUAUGAUCAAAAUAAUAAUACAACAUCAUUUUUAAUUCGUAAAGUAAUUAGUAUUCAACCACAAGAAACUGUUCGAGAUUUAAUUAAAAAAUGUAUUGAUGCAUGUCAUUUACGAGAUUCAUGCGUGGAUAAUUAUAUUUUAUUUGUACUAAAUGAUUCAAAUAUAAUAUCUAAUACAAAUCAACUACAUAAAAAAAAAAGAAGAAUGAUUCAUAAUGAACGAUCACGAAAAUAUGAUCGAUAUCAUUCAAAUAUUUUCUCAAUUAUUCGUACGGCAACAAUACGUUCGAAAAGUCUUGAAACUAGUUAUGAUCAUCAUCAUCAUCAUCGUCGACAAGGUAAUAUUAUUAUUCAAAAUAUAACAUAG